CUCAUACAUGACGUCAUCAACGAGCGACCCGACCCCACAUGGCAGGCUGCUGAAGUUUUGACAUAACUUGCUAAGCAUGGCCAGGCAGUGGUCUGAGGGCCACUCCACAUCCAUCCUGUGUGUUGGAGCGUCUCCAGGCCCCGAGGGUUUCCUCGCCUCAGGCUCUGAGGGUGGAGAGGUCACGGUGUGGAGCCAGGAGGGGACCAUCAUAGGCCGUCUCACUCUCCCCGGCAAAGACGACAUCACAAGUGUUGUGUUUUCACCCGCCGCUCUGGGCCAGCUGUACGUGUCACAUGGGGAAGCGGUGAGUGUACUCGACCCACGAAACCUGAAGAGUCCUGUAGAGGAGUUUCAGGGUGCAGGGGAGGAGGAGAUCAAUGCGUUGGCGCUGAAUGAGACAGGAACAGCCCUGGCGGUGGCUGAUGACAGCGGGGCGGUGCGGGUACUGGAGCUUCCUGGGGGAAAAGUGUGCAGGACUCUUCGUAGACACACGAACAUCUGCUCCUCGGUGGCGUUUCGGCCUCACAGGCCCAAUAACCUGGUGUCUGCUGGCCUCGACAUGCAGGUGAUGCUGUGGGGUCUGCAGAAGACACGCCCUCUUUGGACUGUCAACCUCCAAGAUGUAGCAGAGGAAGAGGACGACCAUCAGCAGCGUCCCGGUCAGCUUUUCAACCCACCACUGAUCCACUGUGUUUCUGUGGCAAGCUGUGGGAACAUUUUGAGUUGUGCAGCAGAGGACGGGCGGGUGCAUGUGAUGCGGAUCGGCAGUGGCUCCAAACUGGAACAGCAGGGAGCGGUCAAGGCCCACAGUCAGGGCGCCUCACAAGCCCACUUUGUUAGUUUCCUCUCCCACCCUCACUGGCUCGUCACUGGGGGGAACGACGGCCAGGUCGCUCUGUGGGAUCUCAGUAAGCACCCAGUGGUGACUCCUGAGGCAAAGAGCAAAACUGGAGUGACAGCAGCCCCGCGCAGGAAGGGUAAGAGCAAGGCGAGGCGGAAAGAACAACCACAGGAUAAAGCAAAGACGACACCGAAGGCUGAAGCAGAGAAAGAAGUGGAGGUGGAGGAUGAGGUGGCAGAAAGUGCAGAGAACGUGACGGAGGACAAGUCUGGACCCAAACUGAGCAUCAGUCACGGGGACAAGGUGAACUGGUUGUGUCCUGCUGUGCUGAAAGGAGAACCCAGUGUGGUGGUGGCAGAUCAGAGCUCCAGUCUGACAGUCUACCCUUUGUCUCCGAUAUAGAUUCACACACUGAACAUGUUCUUUCAUUUUUUUUUGGUCUUGUCAUCGCAGCACUGCAACUAACGCUGACUUUCAUUAUCGAUUAGUCUACUGAUUAUUUUCACGGUUAAUUGUUCAUCAAUAAGAUGUCCCAAAAAUGGGAAGAAUGCAUAUCACAAUUUCCCAGAGCCCAAAGUGACGUCUUCACAUUGUUUCUUUUGUCUGACCAGUAGUCCAAAAAUCAAAGACUCUUCAUUUACGAUCAUAAAUGACAAAGAAAAGCAGCAAAUGUUCACAUUUAAGAGGCUGGAAUCAGUAAAUAUUUGACAUUUCGCUUAAAUAAACAAAUGAAAUGCUCAAUCAAUUAUUGAAAUAAUUGCCGAUUAACUUUAUUUCAACCCACUAAUUGAUUAGUUGUUGCAGUUCUUGUUUUGCUUUGCCUUAUUUUUGGUUUACCUUGUUAAAUUUGGUAUUCACUCCUGUGAUAGAUGGUUAGAAUUGGCAGCUUCAUUAUUUGGACUUCUUUUGACGGUAGGAUUUUGCUCUUUUAAUAAAGCCUGAACCUAAAUACAAUUUAACUGGUGUUCCAGAAAGCACUGAACAGUGGAAGCGAGAUCACAGAAAUAUGUGUUACUAUUUUUCAACAAAGUAAAUGUGUAAUUGUUUUUCGGGUCUCAUAAAACUCCAGAUUUACACAUUGAAUAUGGUUCAUUUGGGUAUUUUGUGCAUGUGUGGUCCUAUAAAAAAGGUCAUCCUUUGAAAAUA